GACGCGGCAGCUCUGAGGAGAACAACAGCGGGAGCCGCUGCUCGGAGUCUGGAUCUCCGGUUAUUUUUUAAUAGUUUAUCGGUGUUUUUCGACUGAAAUGGCCCAGGCCCGCGUUACUGAUUACUUUUCCUGCAAUAAGAGGGCCGCAGGAGCUCGAAAGGGGCGAAAGACGAGGGCGGCGGAGGGCCCGGUGCUGGUGGAGAAGGACGCCGCCGCAGGGCGAAGGGAGACCCGGCUUACUAAGAGCAGAACUGUCGCGGGUGCUUCGAGACUCUCCGCGGAGCCGCUCGGCGGCGUCCAUGAGGAGUUUCUGCGGGUGAUCGCCGAGGCCGUGGCCGCUGAGCCCGGCGCCGAGAGCGGCAAGGUCGAGCUCCAGCAGCCCGAGGCCGCGACCCCCCGCACGCCGAAGAGGAGCUCCGACGAGGCCGAGUUUGAUCUGAGCUCCGCCGUGUUCGCCUCCGCCACAGAGCAGCACAGCACCGCCAAGAAGCGCCUCAGGGUCGGCGGGAAGGAGCAGAGCGGAGCCGCGGCAGCACCAGCAGGAGAACCGAGGAAGAGCACAGCGAGGAAGAAGCUGGAACUCACAAAAACAGAGCAGGCUCCAGAUGAAGCCUCGGCCAGCGGUGACCCUCAGGCUCCUUUGCAGGACGUCCGUAAAGAGUCCAAUCGUGAGGUCAACCUUAGCAGAAACGGCUCCCCUGCAGACAAAGCGGGCGGCCACAGCGGUCCCAAACAGGCCGCCAGGACCAAGAAAACCUUCUCCAGAGACGACGUGGCGGCGCUGAAGUCUCGUCUGCAGAAGCUGAAGAGUCAGUCUGAAAGCGUGUCCUCGCCCACUCCUGCCCCGGUGUCCACGCUUGCGGCGCUGAAAGCCAGACUCGACAGCGCCAGAGAGCUUUCGGCCAAAGUCCAGCAGAGAAAAGCUGAGAGGGUCGCAGAGGAGGAGAAAUCAAAGGAGGAGCAAACAGAACCCCAGCCCAGAGCUGAGGAAGGAGAGAAGCUUCCUGCUUAUCAGCGCUACCACACUCUCGCUCAGGACGUUCCUCCUGGCCUCACCCUGCCGUACAAGUAUAAGAUUUUGGCUGAGAUGUUCCGCAGCAUGGACACCAUCGUCGGCAUGCUCUUCAACCGCUCUGAGACGGUCACUUUCGCUAAGGUCAAACAAGGAGUCCAGGACAUGAUGCACAAGCGUUUUGAGGAGACUCACGUAGGACAGAUUAAAGCCGUGUACCCGUCUGCCUACACCUUCCGGCAGGAGAAAAACAUUCCAAACUUCAGCGCCGCAGCAAAGAAAUCUGCCUACCAGCUCACCGUGGAGCCGGUCAUUGAAGAAGAAACCAAUGGAGCUCAGCCUGUUCUGUCCGCUACUCGUCUGCUGGAGAGAAGACGCGUAUUCCACCAAAACCUGGUCGAAAUUGUGAAGCGACACCAUAAGGUUUUUCUAGCCACCCUGAACCCUCCUGUGGCCGUCCCAGAUGACAAGCUUACACGUUGGCACCCCCGAUUCAGUGUGGAUGAGGUGCCCAAUAUCCAGCCCUGUGACUUGCCUCAGCCUCCACAAACCAAGAAACUGACCACUGCUCAAGAAGUGCUGGAUAAAGCUCGCUCACUCAUGACCCCCAAGAUGGAGAAGGCUUUGGCUAACAUGGCCUUAAAAACGGCAGAGGCCGCAUGUGCAAAAGAGCCGGAGCUCCCAGCAAAACCAGACGUGACCCCUGUACAAACACCCAGUGCCCUCAAAGGGGUCUCCCAGUCUCUGUUGGAAAGGAUCCGAGCUAAAGAGGCCCAGAAACUGCAGGCGGCGAUGACCAGGAACCCUGAGCAGGAGGAGCGUCUGGCGAUGAUGUCACGGCUACCAGAGCUGGCCAGGAUCCUGAGGAACGUCUUUGUGGCUGAGAAGAAGCCGGCCUUGAUCAUGGAGAUCGCCUGUAACCGCGUGAUCGCCAGCUAUCGCUCUUCUCUCAGCACAGGGGAAAUGGAAAAGCAUCUCCGCUUGCUGGUCGAACUGGCGCCCGAGUGGCUCACGAUACACCCGAUCAGAAAAGAUUUCUACCUCAAGCUGAACAAGAACACCAACAUGAACCUGGUUUUGGAGAAACUGAGUCAGAAGACUAAAGAAGAGGAACGACGCUGAGAACCAAGUGAAGAAUCUUGGGCUUUGUGCUGAACCGUGUGCAAUAGUUUUGGAGAAUAACUCCGUUUUUAAUGUACGACUGGCCACAGUGUGGCUCCACUGGCUGUGCUCCGACCACUGGCCUUUGAGUGCUUUAAAAUGAAAGUUUUAUGACGAUGUGAACGUUUGCUGGAAUAAUAACUUUUUUCUUCUUUUCUUAAUGAAGCAGAUUUUUGUUCAGUUUUAGUUACACAUGAUUUAACUCAUUGAGUGGGCUUUAUAUUUUAAUGGGUUUAGUGUGCCCGUAUAGAUGUUGUGUAUUAUUACAGUAUUGAGCUAUCAAGACUUCACUGGAAUAACAGCCAGAAGUCAUGGAAGAGUCUUGAUUUGCUUUAGUGUACAAUAAACAAGCUGUUUGAAACA